AGUGAAAAGAUGGAAGGCGUUAACGUGAUGUUUGGUUCUCCGGUAAACUUCAUGGACUACCAGCUUUCCAAGGCAGAGAUCCUGAGGGGAAUCGUUACCGAGAAGCUGACCACGGCAGCGCGGGAGAUCUUCGCGGUGGUCGAGAGAACCGUAGCCGGAUAUGAGGAGGAGGCUGCGGGUCUGAGGCAGGAGAUCGACCGUCAGAGGAUCCAGCUGGAGGCUAUUCUUCAGCCCAGAGUCUCUCUCAGCAGGAUAGAUGACCGGGAAUAUGAAGAGGAGGUGGACUGGGAAGGGGACCUAUCAGAGGACGAGGAGACUCAGGGGGAAAACUCCCGGAGCAUCUUUGGUCCUGCUGAGUUUGCUGCUGGGUCGUUGGGACCUUUAUAUCACGAUGGAACGAGGGACCCGGAUUAUAAGACAGCAAAUACGAAACCUCCACCGUUGAAGAGGAGGAACAGGAAGAGAGCUUCUCUAAACAUCCGAGUCUGUCUGUUGCAGGACUCCAAGAUCAACAUACUGAAAAGAGGCGCUCUAAAGUCCCAGUUAAAGGAGGUGAAGUGUCCUCCAGGCCUGCAGGAGGCAGACUUCCUGAACCUGCUGAGGUCCUCCUUCCCUCAGUUAACAGGAGAGUUUGAAACCUUCACUAUGGACUCCACCAGGAGACUGACACAGCUGAACCUGCAGACACUAACACCAGAGGUGAUCGAAAGGUCCAUCAAAUCCACGGGGAAAGGCAGAUCUGCUCUCUACAUCCGAGUCAAGGGAAAAGAUGAACCCCUGAGCAGUCCGGAGCAACUUUCCCAAGCAUUGAUCACAGACAACACCAUCGAUGACUCAGGAAGUGAAGAGAAACCACAUGUAAGCUUCACUUCCCCUCACAGUCCUGAGGGUGAGGAGGAGAGAAACCAAUCAGAACAUCUCUCUGAAAACCUGGGAUGGCAACAGCAAACAGAGGAAGACGAGGAACAAGGACUAUCUGAAGACCUUAGUGCUCUUUAUUCCGACAACUCUGCAGGCGACAGCGGAGAUGACGAUGACGAAGAUGAAGAGUGGAAGCCAAACCAGGACAAAGAUCUUAAAGAGACAACGGAUAAACCGCAGACGAAACGAGUCACAGCAAAGAGAAGGAAACAGAUCCAGUCGACUGAUGAGAGCGGCGCCCCUUUGUCCUGUAAAGUCUGCAAAGCUCUGACUGGAACAAAGAAUAUAUUGAUCAAACACUCCUGGUGUCACGUGGAGGAUCCUGAGAGACUUUGUGGAGUUUGUGGAGAACAGUCAGGGUCUCAAGAAGAGCUGAUGAAUCAUCUCGAAAGCCACAAGAAAACCUACAGCUGUGAAGUCUGUGGAAAGAAAUUCCUCUCUAAUUUUGGUCUUCAGACCCACGCUCCUCUGCACACCGGAGAGAAACCCUUCAAAUGCGACAUCUGCAGUAAGGCGUUUGUGUUUAGGAACGCGCUGAGACAACAUAAGCUGGAACAUGUGGAGGAUAAACCGUACAAGUGUGACGUCUGCAGUAAAUCUUUUGCCUUGAAAGCGAAGCUAAAGAUUCACAGCAGGACGCACACAGGUGAAAAGCCGUUCACCUGUGAGUUGUGCGGCAAAUCUUUCUCCGACAGCGGGCCUUUAGCGCGCCACAAGUUGACUCACUUCGGGGAAAAGCGGUUUGGCUGUCAGGUUUGUGGGAGGCAUUUCUUCACUCCCCGAGAAGUGAAUUUCCACAUGAGGAUUCACACAGUCAGAGAAAAACCGUUCCUCUGUGAUAUUUGCUGCAAAAGUUUCUACACACAAGGCCACUUAAAUGAACACCUGAAAAUACACAGCAAUAAGAAGUUCAAGUGCAGCGUGUGUGGAAAGGACUUGUCAUCAAAAGGAGGUCUGAGAAGGCACAUGAUGGUCCAUACCGGGGACAGACCCUACAAAUGCUUGGAGUGUGGACGGACCUACACUUCUAGCAGCCACCUCCGCUUCCAUCUGAAACUCCACUUAGGGAUCAAGUCGUUCGUCUGUCAGGUUUGUGGGAAGGCGUUCCUUCGUAAAGAAGCCCUGAACAACCACAUGAGGACCCAUGAUGGAGAGAAACCACACAAGUGCACCAUUUGUGGAAGAGGGUUCACUCAGAGUCACUCCAUGAAAACGCACAUGAAGAGGCAUCAGGCGGUAGAAAAGGCAGCAGUGGAUGUACUGAUGGACUAAGCUCUUUGGGAUCUCAUGUAAACAUUCAAAAACAUUCCAUAAUCUCACUGUGUAUCAUAUUUAGGAUUCAUGGACAGAGACCGUAUGAAUGCUCCUCUCUGACAGUCUUGGAUUACAGACUUACAAGACUACAAUCAUGAUCCUGACCUACCAUUGUAUGCAGUUAUCUUGGCGUUAGGCCACUGGGGACGCAGGUCAAAGAGAUGCUACAGCAGAAGUGCUUUGUGUGACGCUACCUCUGCCAGAUACGUGUUUGAUCCGCCUCCGCUUCGAUAGGUUUCAAUUUUUAUCAGCGAGACUGCGUCCACCAGCUCCAUUGGGUUAUUCCAUCAUGACUCCGGCAGCCCAGAACCCCCCCGCAACAGAUACAGGAGUCCUGUUUCGGCCAGAUGCUGGACCACUGCUCACCAACUUAGCACAGAGAAAACUGAGCAAGGCAAGAAGUAUAGUCAAAACCUAAUUAAGAUAUCUGGUUAAAUAACAGAAUAAAUCACCGCAUGUUGAUGCCAGACAAAUGCCAGAUCAUUUUUCACUUUACCAAAUCGACAAAGCGUCAUGAUGGGGCGUAGCCGAGCCGUUAGUGAACAGGUCAGAGGGACAAGAAGAAGUGUGUUUUUCAAACUAGGGGCCCAGUCUCGGAUCUGAGUACAUUUGAGCCCAAAUUCUGGAUUGUUGGGCCAGUGUGAAUGCAAACAAAUCACAAUCAGGCACAGGGCCAACUUAGGGAUGUGGUCUUGGGCAAAAUGCAAGUGUUGGCAUGGUUUGAAUCCAUGUCUGUCCAUGUCUAUCAUCUGGUAGGUCUGUCUUGCAACGCUUCAAUCCAUGCCUGAUCUUAGAAUGACCGGACCAGGGCAGGUCAGAUGGCAGGGCGUAUGCCAGUUUGGCAUUUUCCUGCAUCAACCUUGGUCCUUCCUAACUAAGAAUGUUCCCAGGCAUUUAUUUCCCUACUUGGAGAAUUGUGUUUAACCAACUUGUUUAAAGAGGAUGAAGUGCGUAGGAAAACAGUCAAAUUCAUCACAGAGUUGAAGUGUUAGCCGGCUUGAUGUUAGCCUGAUAUACUGUGGAGCGUAGUUAUCAUUAGCAGCUAGCUCCUCCAGCCUUUGCUCCUCUUUAAACAUUAAUAUCAUGCUUUGAAAUUUAGCCUUUAACCUUGUAGCGCCACAUUAUGUAAUAACGCCACAUUAUGUAAUAAUGUAAUACAUUUUCAAUUCAUCAUGUAAUAAUGCCGCCUUAUGUUAUAAUGCCACGUUAUGUAAUAAUAUAAUACAUUUUCAAUUCAUUAUGUAAUGAUGCCACAUUUUGUAAGCCACUAAGGAUGGA